AUCCGCGUAAUAUCGAGCAGUCCCAGGGGACCAGCAGCAAAAAUAGCGCUUUAUUUUUUCCCUUUCUAUUCCUCUCCCCUCCUCCCCUCGUCGUCGUCUCCCCCUCGCUGCCCCCGUAACCCUAGCUCCCCGAUUCCACACUGGUCGAGUCGGAUUCUCCCCAAAUUCGCUCGUGGGGAGCCCUGAUUCCCCUCGCUCCUAUCUUCUCCUGCGCGGAUUCGGUGACGCGACUGGAGAUGGAUCCGAUGGACAUCGUGGGCAAGUCCAAAGAAGACGUCUCCCUCCCCAAAUCAACAAUGUUUAAGAUCAUCAAGGAGAUGCUUCCUCCUGAUGUUCGAGUGGCAAGAGAUGCACAGGAUCUUCUUGUUGAAUGCUGUGUAGAGUUCAUCAAUCUCCUGUCUUCUGAAUCCAAUGAAGUGUGCAGCCGAGAAGAGAAGAAAACUAUUGCUCCUGAGCAUGUUCUCAAGGCUCUAAGUGAUCUUGGCUUCAGAGAGUACAUUGACGAGGUUUAUGCUGCAUAUGAACAGCAUAAACUUGAUACUCUGGACUCUCCAAAAGCUGGCAAGUUCACUGGCAUAGAGAUGACAGAGGAAGAAGCUGUUGCUGAGCAACAAAGGAUGUUUGCUGAGGCUCGAGCAAGGAUGAAUAAUGGAGCCCCCAAGCCAAAGGAGCCAGAACAAGAGCCGCAGCAGCAACCGCAACAGCCCCCUCAACCUCAACCGCAACCGCAGCUGCAUACUCAACCACAACAACCCAUGCAACCUCAACUGCAGCUGCAUCCGCAACCACAGCAACCCCUCCCACCUCAACUGCAGCUGCACCCGCAACCACAGCAACCCCUCCCACCUCAACUGCAGCUGCACCCGCAACCACAACAGCCCCCACAACUCCAGCUGCAUCCUUUACAAGAGCAGCCCCCGCAGCCUCAAACUCAGCUGCAUCUGCAACCACAGCAGCCCCCACAACUCCAGCUGCAACCUCAGCAGCCCCCACAGAUCCAGCUGCAACCUCAGCUACAAGCUCAGCCGCAGCCACAGGCGCAAACUGGACAUGGCGUGGACAGUUAAAGAUUCAGUGCUAUGUAGCCUCAGUAUAAGCAAAAACAGGGUACUUUUGCUGCCAUUUACUAGGAAACUAUAUGCCUGCCAUGACUUGUUAGAUCCUGCUUUAGGUUUCCAUGCUUCAUGUACAAUGUAAAUCCAGUGUGAUUGCAGUUACCUUGUUCCUAAUAAUCUGAAGCCUUUAGUUACUGAUGAUGUACUUACUGUGCUGAAUACCAGACUCCUGACAAUCUCUGUAGUCUCAUGGCACAUUGGCACCGUGCGUGCCGUGCCAAAAGAUAUUCCGUCGUCAUUGUAAUAGCCUAACUUGACAUUUGUCCAUGGUGAUAGUGACUGAUUAGAAUCAGCUAUUGGUUUCUAUA